CUGGAGGAACCUGCAGGGGCCCAUGCCCACCCACACUGUGCUCCUUUGAACUCCAAAGAGGCACUCGGUUUUCUCUAGAGAAGGCAUAAAGAGAAGCAGAGGCAGAGAUGGGACUAGCAGGGAGAUUACUCCUGCCUCAUCGGAUCCACCGGUUUUCAGGAGAACGCGGCAGCCCCCACCUGCCUGUGGACUGACCACUGAAAGGUUCUUCUCCAGCAACAGAGGUUCAGAGCCCCAGAACAGGAAAGGCUACAGGGAGACACUGAGGCCCUGUCCAUUUUACACAUCUGGAAACUGAGUCCCAGAUAAGGAAAAAGAUAUGCCCAAGUGUAUGAAACCACCGUGAACUCUGAAGACCAGGCUGAGCUGCACUUUUCAUGAACCAACACAUUUUCUGAGUGCUUCUACAGCAUAGCACCUGUACUGACUAUUGGAGGAUGAUGGCAACAACUCUGCCAAAGAAAUGAGUUAGAGGGCAAAACUAACCAGUUUCUCUUUUCCUAAUAUGGAGAAAGAUUACCUUCCUUGGGGCCUGUUGUCAGGUUGCCUGUUACCCUAAGUUUCCCAGAUGACGUGGGAUGGAGGCCCCAGAACUCACCUGCCCUUCCUCACCUGCCAGAGACCAACCAGCUCCUGCUCCUGCCCCUCCAGAAGCCCCAGGUGGACAGGCCUCACCUCACCUGACCUUGGGCCAUGUCAUCCUGCCACCAGAGCAAGGCCUAGCUCCUGCUGUGUUUCUGAAGGCCCUGCCCAUCCCACUGUACCACACGGUGCCUCCUGGGAGUCUCCAGCCUCGUGCUCCUCUCGUGACGGGCAGCCUGGAUGGGGGUAAUGUGCCCUUCAUUCUCAGUCCUCUGCUGCAGCCUGAAGGGCCUGGGCCCACUCAAGUGGGGAAACCCUCCACACUUACUGUAAACAUUGUGGGUGCGCUGCCUGUUUUGUCACCCAGCUUGGGGCCCACACUGGGCAGCCCAGGCAAAAUGAGGAACAUUGGUAAAUACUUGUGUCCACACUGUGGCCGGGACUGCCUAAAGCCAAGUGUUUUGGAGAAGCACAUCCGCUCCCACACAGGGGAGAGGCCCUUUCCCUGUGCCACUUGUGGCAUCGCCUUUAAGACUCAGAGCAACCUGUACAAGCAUCGGCGCACCCAGACACACCUCAAUAAUUCUCGUCUGUCCUCAGAAUUGGAUGGCAGUGGGGGGCCCAUCCUGGAUGAGGGAGACAAGGCCAGAGCUGAUGGCAGGGGGGACAGUCAGAGCCAACGUCCAGGUGAGGGGGCACUACCAGAGACACCUCUUACUCCAGGUGUCCAGGGUACUGGGCACUCUCUGUCCCCUGUGACUAAGAACCUUGACAUGAAGUUAGAAACAUUUUCCUGUUUAGGGUCUACCAGUGCUGACAGAGAGGCCCCUUCUCCUGGUGCCCCCCUGGCUGGCACACCAUGCAGAUGGAAGCUCCCAGAACAGAGGUCUCCCCAGACCUGUAAGUCUUAUCCAGUGCAGCUGCAGCAACAUCAAGCUACAUCUUUAGAGAGACCUGGGGACACCAAAGCCACAGAGGGACGGCUAAGGAAGUGUGAGAGCACUGACUCGGGCUACUUAUCCCGCUCUGACAGCAUAGAGCAGCCCAUGGCCCCCUGCAGCCCCCUGCACAGCCUGUCAGAGCACAGCACCGAGUUAGAGGGGGAUGCUACCCUGGGGACUCGCAGAGCAGGGCCUGGGGAGAGGGAGGCCAGUUUGGAGCUAGAGAAGAAGCAGCUGGAGGAGCGCAUUGCUCGGCUCAUCUCACACAACCAAGCUGUAGUUGAUGACUCGCAACUGGACAACGUGCGGCCCCGCAAGACGGUGCUCUCCAAGCAGGGCAGCAUUGACUUGCCCAUGCCCUACACCUACAAGGACUCCUUCCAUUUUGAUAUUCGUGCUCUGGAGCCUGGCCGUCGUAGGCCUGCAGCCCUCUGCUCCACCCGAUCCACCCUCGCCCCCCUGGAUAGAUCACGGCCACUCUUCUUCCACUCUGUGCCCACACAGCUCUCCACCACCAUGGAAUGUGUUCCCGUCACCAGAAGCAACUCACUACCCUUUGUUGAGGGCACCAGGACAUGGCCAGAGCCACCAGACCUCCAGGACUCAAGUCUGAGGAAGCUGAAACCUCUGAGCCCCAGACCCUCUCCUGCCCAACUCUGUGGCCGCUUGGGGCUGACCUGGGUGGAUAUCCCUAGUGGUCACCCCCGGGCCCUGGUCAGACAGGCUGCUGUGGAGGACUUGCCAUGUCCACCCUCUGGGGACAGUCUGGCCUCUACAGAAGACCCAGAGGGAAAGAGAACCCCUGCCAGAGAAGGGAUAGCCAGUAAAGGCAAAGCGAUUGCCAAAAAGGGCAGCCCAAGGAAGCUGCAGAUGUUCUCCCAGGAGAAAUGGCAGGUUUACGGAAAUGAGACAUUUCAGAGAAUCUAUCAGAAAAUGAAAAGCAGCCGCCAUGGGGCCAAGAAGGCAAAGGAGGCCAGAGCAGGCAAUAGGCCACUGCUGGAAACUCCUCUCCAAGAAGAGACUACAGGCCAGGGUGCAGCUCUGUCCCAGGACAUUAGCACCCCUGGUCACAGGGACAUUGCUGUGGGGGCCAGACCAGGGCCUUGGGGAAUCCCAGCAGUCUCAGAGGGCUUCUCAGUGGCAGAGCAUGCCAAACAGAGGGAGAAGGUGGCCAGAGCAGAAAGCAGUGAGCAGCCCAAGUUGGACAAGGCUGUGUCACCACCCAGCCUCUGUUGCAGGGAAGCCCCCAAUUUGUGCAACAAAAAUCCUGUGCUUCUUCCUGGGAAGAGUCUGGAGCAGGGAUGUCAACUGCCUUCAGCUGGUCUUCUCAAAGAAGGGGACCUCAAGUCUCCUGGGCUGAUUUUGCCCAAGUCCACCACAGAAAGAGAUACCCAUAGUGCUGGGGGUGAGAAGGAGAAUGAUCCAUUGGCCCAAAGCAUCCUUAGAAGGGCCAGUGAGAUCCCAGGAGAGACCCAGUCUGUGGAGAACAAACUCCCCUCAGAGAGGAAGAAGCUGAAGGUGGAGCAGGAGAGUAGAAAGGAUCAACCCAAGCCUUCAGGAGUAGGAGGGCAGGCUCCAGGGGGCCCUGUGCAGGCUGUCUCCCCUCCAACUCAGGAGCAGGACAAUGGUCCUGAGAAGAAGCCAAGGAGUCUGCCUGAGAGUACUUCUGACAUCCUUGCCACUCUGACAGACAUGACCUUUCCCCCCAAAUACCUCCUCCAGUUACCUCAGGGAGAAACCGAGUCACCUCUGCCAGUCAGCAAAGGACAAGGGCAGGACCCUCUGUGCAGACAUGGGUGGUCUGAGGAGGACCCUUUUGUUGGGUCAGGGCUGGGGACUCUCAUGUCUCAUAGUCCAAUGCCAGCUCCAGCCCUAGGUAGAACAGAUGAUUUCAAGGAGGACCCCAGCUGCUCCAGGCCAUGGGAUAGGAGAAAGGGGGUGCAGGGAGAGGAGAGGGAAGAUAAGACUGACACUAGCACCCCAGCAACUGGGGAACCUGACUUGACCAGUAAGAUCCUCGGGGAGACGGCCCCUUUCCUACCUCCCCUCAUGUGUAGCCCCUGCAUGACGCAGGACACGAAGGCUGAGACCCAGGACCUCUCACCCCUCCAUAUGGACAAUGCUUUGCUUAGGGCAAACCCCUUUGGGGGUGUCCUGAAUUCCUGGGUGCCUGACAAGAAGUUGGGAGCUCCUGAGAAUGCCCAGGAAGAUCUUCCCUUGGGGAGUCUGGCAGGGCUCAAUCCUUGCUGCUCCCUUGGGUCUGUCUCCUUCUUGGCCCCCACACCCCCAAGCAGGUUUGAGCUGACCUUGUCUAACCACCCAGGUACUCCUGAGAGCAGUGAGGCUCAGGGUCCCUUCCCCUCACUGAGGGCUGAACCCCAGCUCACAUGGUGUUGUGUGAGCCGAAGCCUUCCUCUGCCCAUGGAACAGAAGGAGAAGGCCGCUUCUGUGUACUUGGCACUGCACUUGCCUGGGGGCAGACUUCGGAAUGAGGGUUCAGAUGCCCAGGGUGUAAACAAAGCAUUGUCAGGAAGAUGGACCAGCAUAUACCCAGAAGGAGGGCAGACACAGACAUGGAAGCUUUCCUGCACAGUAGCCCCAGGGAUGAUGCCCCAGCAUCAUGCAUCUGAGCCAAGAUGGAAGAAAGAGCUGCCUCGAAGAAGGCUAAAGACGUCUCGUGGGAGCAGUAGGCAGAGCAAACUGAGCACCACUUCUAAAAGGUACAAAGUGAAUUUCUUGCAGAGCCGCAUUCCACAGAGAGUGAGUAGACUCCGCAAGCCCCUCCGGGUGCUGAGAAAAGACCACCAUCUUCCCCACCUUCAAGGGCCUGGCCCACGAGGGACCUUCCAGCAAACUUGUUCCGGAAUGGCAGGUCUAAAUCCACCAGAGAAAUCAUCUUGUGUCACUUCAGAUCAGUCCCUUUGUUGUGAGAACCAGGAGAAGAAGGAAGAUCAUGACAGACAAUGCUUAAGAAGCUUCACACCUUCUGCAAGUUCAAUGACUGUUCAGGAAAUAAACAAAGUCUCUACAAAGGAUAUCUCUCUAUCUGCCAGUGGACUUGGUGACAGUUGUCCUCAGAACAAAACUACACCCAGCCUUUUAUUCCAUGGCAAAGAUCUCCACAAGGGGCUACUUGAGACUGAUUAUCCACCCUCCCAGGUCCAAGACGUAGUGAGUCAUGAAUCAUGUGCUUUCUCAGAUGCUCAAGAACUUUCUUCCUCUGAGUCAAAAGGAAUUUCUCCUCACCAUAAUGCUACCACCUCUGCAACUGCCAUUGACAUGUCUCUGGGGGCAGAUGCAGAUAACUCACCCCUAGGUGUUCAUAGUGUAGAGGCACAAGACCAUGACUGCGAUGCAAGGGAUACUGUGACACAGAGCCCCCAAGACAAGAAAACUAGAGCAGAGGCAAUAUCACUAUCGUCAUUGCCAGCAAAAUGUGCACCUGGUAUGACAAUUUCAAGUUCACUUUUGUUGGGGUCAUCUGGAAAAAGGCAUCAGAAGAUACCAGUUACAGACAGCUCACACAUGGAGAAAGGGAACCACAAGGGGCAAUAUGGAAGUAGAAAAAUUGUUGUGCCGUACUUGCCUCAGGAAAAUGAUAGUGGGAAAUAUCAAAUAUCUGGGUUGGUCACUCUAAAGGACUGUGUGCCUCUGUCUGACCCAGGGGAAAUUACAGAACCCACUGAAACCCAUUUAAAAACAAUCAAGAAAAGGAGCUUAGAAGGAAUGAGAAAGCAAACCCGAGUGGAGUUCAGUGACACCAGCAGCGAUGAUGAAGACCGAUUAGUUAUAGAAAUAUGAAGCUUCAAAAGGAAAAUGGCAUCUAUGAUCAAGAGCAGUUUGUUGGUGCUUCCCAUGUAAAUGUCAGCCUGGUAGAAGGACUGAACUCUAUUCAUGAAGUAUCUACAUACUAGGAAAGCCAUUUGGAGUUCUUUCCAAGAUAGUCCCAAACAAUUGCAAACCCCCAACUCAGUGUGACACUUCCCCAGUAGCCCUUGGACAUAUACUGCUGGUGUUCAGAGGGUACCAGGAAAAGCAAGUUCACCAAGGAAGCAGUCUCAGAAUGCUCAACAUACAAUAACUUUGACUUGACUCCCAGCCUUACCCCACUGCCUCAUCCAGUAAACUAACAUUAAUCAAGAGAGAUACAAUCAACUCAUUAAUGAACAAGUAGACUUAGAGAGUCAAGGUGUUUUACUUCCUCCAUUUGUCAGAGAAGGAUUUGCUUCAGAGCUGGUAAGCCUACUUGGGAUAGCUUGUAAAAGGAGAUGGGAUAUGAAUUGGGCAUCAUGAUACUUCUAUUCCUACUGUAUACAAAACCCAGGUUCAUUCAAAAACUGAAGUUUGUACAGAAUAACUUGCCUCCUUAGUGGAAGUUGUAAAUAUAUUUUAAAAUGCCUAUGAUUUGGUGAAGUGCUGUUUAUCUUUAAAUGUUGCACAAUGGUCACUGCUUAUUAUGUAUGAUCCAAUGACACAAGCAUGCUCUUGUGCCUGGUGCCUUUUUUGUUGAGACCACUGAAACCUUGGUUUUCCAGCUCUUGCAAAGGAACGCUGUGUUAAAAGUUAAUAGAACAGCCUCUGUAAGUCAUCUUUUUGAGGGGGAAAAUUCACUUAUUUUCCUCUGAUUCUUUCUGUCAUAUUGUGCUCUGAGCAAUUUCAAUUAGAGGGUUACAUUUUAGUAAUCUCACAGCUUAAGUUGAUGCCUGCUCAUUGUGACGGAAGCCUUUUAGAUUUCUUCCAGAAGCUUCAAGGAUACAAAACUAAUUGGAGUUUUGACGCUGUUUUACAUCUCAGUAAUUUUAUUUUGGGGGCUUGGUGUUACUUUGCUGUCAAAUUAAAUCAUCCUCUGUAUUGUUCAAGUCAGAACAGCACAGAUAAAAUUCCCCAGUAUUCCAAGCCAGUGCGCCCCUGUGCAGAAGAAAAUAGAUCUGCGUCAUCCAACUCCGUGAUUGAAGCCUCAGAUUUAUUGCUUUUCUUUCCUUCUCCUUAUGUGGGAGAGGAAAAACUGAAAGGGAUUUACACUGAUGCAUUUCAAUAAAAUUUUAUAUUUUCUUUUGGUAUGAUUUUGUACAAUUUGAAAUUUAUAGUGAGCUCUUGUGACUUAACUUUGAUGUAAUGAUGUUCAUAUGACAUCUUGUACUUCAAAGGCGAGGAAGCAAUGCAAAACAUUUCACACAUCUGAAUAUGCUUUAGGAAGCCCUUUCGUGUGACUAAGGACGGCAAAUUCCAAGUAUCUCCAUGAGAAUUUUCCAACUUUAGGGCUAUUUAGAGAAAAAAAUCAUUGUGAGAUCAGAUUCCCUGGUAAAUAGCAUGUGUUUGUGGUCAUUUCAAAAAUAUCUAAGUCUAGUCAAGGCAAACACAAGGAAGGAGGUGGCAAGGAUGUAAGACUUUUGCAACCAAACAAAAGUGAUGUGAUUUCUUGAUUUUGGGGGUGAUCCAUGCUACUGCAGUGAGACAGCAGAUCUAGGAAAGGGGUCUGGGAGAGAGAAAAAAAACA